AGGUAAGAAUCCGUUGCUUUCGGGGCAAUGAUUUAAGCCUGGAAAAUCAAAACAUUUUCAUGGAAUCUCAGCUUUCCUGAGAAAAAAACAUAAAGAAGAAAGGAACAUCACGCGAGCUUUCCUUUUUUAAUUUUGAAAAAAAAAGGAAAAGGAAAGCUCGCUUUGUUUUGUUAAUUUUCGGAACAGAAAAGAAAGAUGGUGACCUUGUUUUCGAUCCAGUUCCAUGAAUCCGCGUUGUCCCUGUUGUUGUUGUUGCUGGUAGUCGUUGUUCCUUUCUCUUCAUCGUCUUCGUCUUCUUAUUCUUCUUCUUUUUCCGUCGGAUCGCGACGGAAUUUCACCGGAAUCUUGUUGCCGUCCGAUGGAGCGGACGCGUGCGGCGUCUCGCCUUCUGCUCGUCGUUAUUCGUGCCCGGUUAACUGCUUCAGGACGGAUCCCGUUUGCGGCGACGACGGCGUGACGUAUUGGUGCGGAUGCGCCGACGCGCAUUGCUCGGGGGCGAAGGUCGCCAAGAUGGGGUUCUGUAACUUGGGGAAUAACGGCGGGCCUGGAUCUUUCUCCGGUCAGGCUUUACUUUUGUUGCAUAUAGUUUGGCUCAUUGUGUUAGGCUUCUCUGUUUUCUUUGGCCUAAUCUGAGAUUUCUCUUUCUUUUUUCGUGUGUGUUUUCAAUUCUA